UCUCAUCAGAUCCGAGUCUCUUUUUUUCCAGAGGAAAACUUGCGUCGACUGAAACUCCGCGUUACUUCUUUCAUUGUUUUUCUUUCCUUUGGAACUUCACGGCGUCACACUUUAAAUUAUACACGGAUUAUAAACUUCAAGUGGAUUUAAACAGAUGAAUAACACGCUUCUGGAAGUUGUGGAAGUUUUUACAGGACGAGCACGGCGCAGGAUUGAGUCGCAUCUGACGUAAAUCUAAAUCUUAUUAGAAAGGGGAAAGUUGUCUUAUUCUGGUUCGGGUUUGGAGCCGAGAUCAGAUCCUAAGAUCAUCUUUUAAUAUGUCGUGUGAAACACACACCAAAGACGACAGCAGCUGACGUUACUAGUUUAGAAAAAUCAUUCAUGAGGUGGACGAAUAAUUUCAUUUCAAAAGUUGGACUUUGAGGCGGGAUAGAUCUGAGAUGAUGGAUCAUGUAUGCUGGAUUAUUUCCCUCCUCUGGUUCGGGUUAACUGGACUGAUCUCAGCAGAAGAAGAGGUGUUAAUGAACACAAAACUAGAAACCUCUGAUCUGAGAUGGACCGUGUAUCCCAGCAGUGACUCUGAGUGGGAGGAGAUGAGCGGUUUGGAUGACGAGGGCAACAGUGUCCGCACCUUUCAGAUUUGUCCAACGGACAGCUCAGCGAGUCAUUGGCUCAGGACAAGGUUUAUCCCGCGGCGCGGGGCGUCUCAGGUGUACGUAGAGAUUCGUUUCACCAUGAUGGAAUGUUCUGCUAUGCCGUCCAGCUUCCGCACCUGCAAAGAGACAUUUAAUUUUUAUUACUACCAGACCGAUGAGGACAACGCCACACCCACAUAUCCGGCUUGGAUGGAAAACCCCUACAGUAAGGUGGACACCAUUGCGGCUGACUUCCUGUUGCGGCGCGGUGGUGAGAGAAAGUCGAAUGUGAAGACGGUGCGCGUGGGCCCCCUUUCAAAGAAGGGCUUUUAUUUGGCCUUUCAAGCUCAGGGUCCGUGUAUGGCCCUGCUGUCCGUCAGGGUCUUCUUCAAAAAAUGCCCCUCCGUCACCCACGCAUUUUCCUCCUUUCCUGAAACGGUCCCUCAUUCGCUGGUGCAGCAGGCCGAGGGCGUGUGUGUGGAGAACUCAGCCUCCACGGGUCAGAAUCCACACCCACCCACUAUGUUCUGUGGGGAAGACGGACAGUGGGUGGGGCCUCCCUCGUCAUCUUGUGCAUGUAAACCGGGGUACGAGCCCGUGGACUCUGAACGCUGCAGAGCGUGUGGAUCCGGUCAGUAUAAAUCAUCUGUGGGUGGAGGUUUGUGUCGUGUUUGUCCAGAGAACAGCAACACAAUCUCCAGCGGUUCCAGUUUGUGUUUGUGUCAUUCAGGAUUCUACAGAGCAGCCAGUGAUCUUCCUGAUACAGCGUGUACCAAACCUCCGUCUGCCCCGCGCAGCCCCAUCACUCAGGUUAAUGAUACUGUGGUGACUCUGGAGUGGUCUGAACCUCUGGACCGGGGCGGGCGCUCUGAUCUCACCUACAGCAUCGAGUGUAAGAAAUGCGGGGGAUCCACCUGCGUUCGGUGCGCUGACGGCGUCACCUAUAGUCCGGGACAGGUGGGAGUCGUCGUCAGGCGCGUCGUGAUCCGUGGGCUUCUCCCACACACCGCAUACACGUUCACCGUCUUCGCUCAGAAUGGAGUGAGCGCUGCCAGUCAUGCAAACCCCGCCUCCAAAUCAGUAAACAUCACCACCAGUAGAGACGUGGCUGUUCCUGUAUCAGGAAUCAGGAGGACUAAAGCAUCAGAGACCACAGUGUCCCUCAGCUGGGCGGCUCCAUCACAGACACCUCACAGUGUUCAGGAAUAUCAGCUAAGAUACAGUUUAAAGGGUCAGGUUGACGGCUGGCAGUAUGUCAACAGCAGGAGUAACUCUGUGAGUCUGAACGAUCUGGCUCGAGCGUCACAGUAUCAGGUGCAGGUCAGAGCUCGGACUGCCGCUGGAUACGGACACUUCAGUCCUGUCACCAUCAUCAGCACACUUCCUGACGGUACACGCGUCUUGCCGUACUUUGAAGAAUCUCCGUCUCGUCUGAUGCUCGCUGGUGUGCUGAGCGCCGUCGGGCUUCUCGUUCUCAUCGCUGUUGUGAUUGUAGCUGUGUUUUGUUUCAGGCGGUCCAGCCGAAUGAGGGAUCCAGACCCAGAUAAAAGUGGUCACGUUCUGAUUGGUCAGGGGAUCAAAGUUUACAUCGAUCCGUUUACAUACGAGGAUCCGAACGAGGCCGUGAGGGAAUUCGCUAAAGAGAUCGACGUGUCGUUUGUCAAAAUCGAGGAGGUUAUCGGUGCCGGUGAGUUUGGUGAGGUGUGUCGCGGCCGGUUAAAGGUCCCUGGGAAGAAAGAAAACUAUGUGGCUAUUAAGACCCUGAAGGGUGGCUACACAGAUAAGCAGAGGCGGGACUUCCUGUCUGAGGCGUCAAUCAUGGGUCAGUUCCAGCAUCCUAACAUCAUUCACCUGGAGGGAGUGAUCACGGCGUCCUGUCCCGUCAUGAUCUUGACCGAGUACAUGGAGAACGGAGCGCUGGACUCAUUCCUGCGGUUAAAUGAUGGUCAGUUCACUCCUAUUCAGUUAGUGGGAAUGUUGCGUGGGAUCGCGUCUGGAAUGAAGUACCUGUCGGAAAUGAGUUUCGUUCAUCGCGACCUCGCAGCACGUAACAUUCUGGUCAACAGUAACCUGGUGUGUAAGGUGUCCGAUUUCGGCCUGUCCAGAUUUCUGACAGAGAACUCAUCUGACCCAACAUACACCAGCUCAUUGGGAGGGAAGAUUCCGAUCCGCUGGACGGCUCCAGAAGCGAUCGCCUUCCGUAAGUUCACAUCUGCAUCAGAUGUCUGGAGUUAUGGUAUCGUCAUGUGGGAGGUGAUGUCAUUUGGAGAGAGACCUUACUGGGACAUGAGCAACCAAGAUGUGAUAAAUGCUAUCGAGCAGGAUUAUCGUCUGCCUCCUCCUCCAGAAUGCCCUGCGUCUCUUCAUCAGCUCAUGUUAGACUGUUGGCAGAAAGAGCGCGCAUCACGGCCACGAUUUUGUGCCAUCGUCUCUGCGCUGGAUAGACUCAUCCGUAACCCCGCCUCUCUCAAGAUUACAGGACGCCUCAGUGAUGGGCUGUCUCACCCUCUGCUGGACCAGCGUCCUCUCCCACCACUGUCUCAGUGCAGGUCGGUUUCUGAUUGGCUCAGAGCCAUUAAGAUGGAGAGAUAUGAAGAAAGUUUCCUUCAGGCUGGAUUCACAUCUAUAGAUCUCAUUUCACACAUCUCCACUGAGGAUCUACUGCGCAUCGGCGUGACUUUAGCUGGACAUCAGAAAAAGAUCUUGUCCAGCGUCCAAACCCUGAGAUUCCACAGCAAGGACAGCGUCGGCCUGCGGUACUGACUCCCCUUCCCAGCAGCCUCUUCUCCAACAAGCUCUUAUGGGUUUCCUCAGUCCAUCAAGCUGUCCUCAAUCAUUCAUCCAAUCACUGUAACUCAUCAACCGGCCAAUCGGAGUCCAGCGUUCUGGGUCAGCUGAGACACACGUCGUCUCUUGCUCUUUAAGUGUCUUCUCAAUCGUGGUCUUUAUGUCUCAGGGACGUCUCUCCUCAACAGCAGGAGACAAACAGAGACGAAUGGACGAUUAUGGGAUGUAGAAAAAUUAUUGUGUCACAAAUGACACGUGACAGGUGGAGGAUGAGGUGCAAUUGAUGCCAUGGUGACACUGGGCCGAGAGUCAGACGCAUCCGGGUCGCAGUAACUCUUUGAACUUUGAACCCGAGACGUCGAAAUGGCACGUUUGCACCUUUGCAUUCUGGGAGUUUAACUGGAUCUUCACAUUGAAGGUUUAUUAUAAUUAUUAAAGCAAGAUUAUUUUUUAAUUAUUAUUUUGUAUGCAUCAAAACAACACGAGUAUUUGUUUAGUAAACGUAUGAGGGUAUCUGUCAAUAAAUAACUGAGUGUAAUCUGUGUGAUCAAUCACAUUAAAGAUUUCCAGAGUUGGCCCCUCCCA